CAGUGCAGUGCGACCCUCGCGUCGUCGUCAUGCCGGGGAGGCGUAGACAGACACCUGAAGCAGGUGAGCAGGUUAGUAUGAGUACUACUACUUAACGCGAUGUCAGAACUUUGGUGCUUUCUAUCCUCCCGCUCCGCCUCGGCACCCCUGUCCCUCCAUUCUCACGUCGUCGUCGCCAAGCUACGUGGUAGCUCCCUCAGUGCCGCAGUGGUGACAUUACCUCUGCCCGAGCCUAAGAUUUUGGGAAGAUCACGACAUACCUACCUACCUACCUCCCUUCCAACGCCAGGGGAUACAGGUCAUAGACACGAACAUGCCUACCUGUCGCUAUCGAUGUUGCUAUUCCCAAGUAACACUACGCGCAAGCGUCCAACAGGCGACGCGCGCGACUUGCCUGAGCCCCCUCUCGUAUUGCGGUGUCCGGAGCGACGCCAGCACAGGAUGCUCGAUCUCCUUGCCUGCCUCUCCCUCUACGCUGCACACAUAGAGGCCCCUCCCUACCUACUUACUUACCUAAAUUGCAUGCAUGCGAGCGCUCAUAUUCUCGCCUUGAUACCCGUCAUGUGCGCGCGCGCGCGCGCAUACCCACGCUUCGUGCAUGAGGCAGAUUCCAAGGUGUUUCGAGUGGCAGCCCUACCAGCCAGCCUCCCUUCCACCCGACACUCCUUUUCCGGCCUUGGAUACAGGACGGUAGGUAUGUUUAUUCUUGGCCCUUCGGGUGCAGCCUUGGUCGGCUCGUUUGCUCUGCGGGAUACCUAGAUGCGGGUGUCAUAAGGUGCGGCUGAGUUCCCACCCUACCCUGGGGAAUGUCUCCUUUUUUUUUCGUCGCUCUAUUCUCUUACUCGCAUACUCUCACACCCUGCCCCCUUGUUCUCACCCAUCGAUACCUACACCGAGCGUCAUCAUGUUAUCGCGCUAUUACUACGUACCUACAUACUACCUACUCCCUCACUCACUCACCUACCCACUUGGCACCGCAUGCCGUAUCGUCGUAGGUCCGUAAUCUAGACCCAACAGCAGGGGGCGCGGUAGCA